CAACGUAGUAGGCCAAGUCUAAUACACAUCCAACAUGCUCGAUGUCAUUUUCGUCACCGGAAAUCAACACAAGGUAUCCGAGGUAAACGCCAUCCUAGGGGAUACCGUCAAUCUUCAACCCGUGCCUCUUGAUUUGGAUGAGAUCCAAGGUACUCUGGAAGAGAUUACUCGGGACAAAUGCCGCCUAGCUGCUGAAAAGACCGGGGGCCCCGUUCUCGUUGAGGACUCUGCACUCGAGAUGCACGCCCUGAAUAGGCUCCCGGGACCAUAUGUAAAGGCUUUUGUGGAAUCGGUAGGAAAUGAGGGUCUGUGUAAGAUCCUUGAUUCAUUUGAGGAUAAGACCGCGGAAGCGGUAUGUACCUUGGGGUAUUCGGCAGGGCCGGGAAAGGAGCCAGUUCUUUUUCAGGGGAGACUGGUGGGUCAGAUUGUUCCAGCCAGGGGUAACUCAUCCUUUGGCUGGGAACCGAUAUUCGAAGUCGAAGGCGAAACGUUGGCCGAGAUGAGUCACCCGAAGAAGAAUGGACUCUCCCACCGUUUCAAAGCUGUGUCGAAUUUCAGAGAAUGGCUGCGUGAAACACAAUUGCUUCUGUAGUAUUUCCAUCUCGAUGCGCUGACAUAUACCCACAAUGCUUUACGACGGCUUUCAGGAAUAGAAACAUAGAUCUUAGAACAUGGCAUAUAGGAGUCUAGAA